CGGAGAGGCGAUGGGAAAGAGCUAACUUAACGGUGGAAACCUAGCCAGGCUAACUUGACAAAUAUAGCUAAUGUACUCGGAUAAAGUGUGUUUUUCUCAUAAUAGUCGGACUGUACUUUCGUGCAUGGGAAGCAGACGACGUUUGCUGCUGGUGGUUAAACUCGCUUCAAGGUGGCGACAGACAAGGUUGCUGGUAAGCUGAGUUCUACUCUCUCAUGGGUCAAGAACUCAGUCAGUCAGAUGGCUAGUCAGGUGGCAACGCCCACGUCCCUGCAGACCACUGCCACCACCUCCUCCUCUACGUCCCUGUCCUCGCCUGCCCUCUCUCCGUCCUCGCCGGCGCCGCUCAGUCCAGACGAUGUGGAGCUGCUUGCUAAGCUUGAGGAACAGAACAGGCUGUUGGAGACUGACAGCAAGUCGCUUCGCUCCAUGAACGGCUCCAGGAGAAACAGCGGUUCCUCCCUGGUGUCCAGCUCCUCCGCCUCCUCCAACCUCUCCCACCUGGAGGAGGAUUCGUGGAUUCUCUGGGGACGGAUAGUCAAUGAGUGGGAGGAUGUGCGCAAGAAGAAGGAGAAGCAGCUUAAGGAUCUUGUUAGAAAAGGGAUUCCUCACCACUUUCGGGCGAUCGUGUGGCAGCUGCUGUGCAACGCUCAGAACAUGCCCAUCAAGGAUCAGUACUCGGAGCUGCUGAAGAUGACGUCGCCCUGCGAGAAGCUGAUUCGCAGGGACAUCGCCCGCACUUAUCCCGAACACGAAUUCUUCAAGGAGAAAGACAGCCUGGGUCAGGAAGUGCUCUUCAAUGUUAUGAAAGCAUAUUCACUGGUGGAUCGUGAGGUCGGCUAUUGUCAAGGAAGUGCAUUCAUUGUGGGACUGCUACUCAUGCAGAUGCCAGAAGAGGAGGCCUUCUGUGUAUUUGUGAAGUUGAUGCAAGACUACAGGUUACGAGAGCUCUUCAAACCCAGCAUGGCCGAGCUGGGACUCUGCAUGUACCAGUUUGAGUGCAUGAUCCAGGAGCAUCUCCCAGAGCUGCACAUACAUUUCCAGGCUCAGAGCUUUCACACCUCCAUGUAUGCCUCCUCCUGGUUCCUCACCAUCUUCCUCACCUCCUUCCCUCUGGCCGUCGCCACGAGGAUCUUCGAUAUCUUUAUGUGUGAGGGACUGGAAAUAGUUUUCCGUGUGGGACUGGCCAUCCUCCAGAUGAACCAGGCUGAACUCAUCCAGCUUGACAUGGAGGGAAUGUUACAGCACUUUCAGAAGGUCAUCCCACACCAGCUGGACAGCGGACCAGACAAAGUCAUCCAGGCUGCUUAUCAAGUUAAAUACAACGCCAAGAAGAUGAAAAAGUUAGAGAAGGAAUACACUACAAUCAAAACUAAAGAGAUGGAGGAGCAGGUGGAGAUAAAGAGGCUGCGGACAGAGAACAGACUCCUGAAGCAAAGGAUAGACACACUAGAGAAAGAAAGUGCUUCCUUGGCAGAUAGAUUGAUCCAGGGACAAGUGACUCGAGCUCAGGAGGCCGAGGAGAACUACCUGGUCAAGCGGGAGCUGGCCACAGUCAAACAGCAGAGCGAGGAGGCCAGUGCUCAGCUGGAGCAGGCCAAGAACACCAUCAGGCAGCUCCAGCAGCAUCGCUUCUCUGAGGAGUCCGUCCUGCAGCUGGAGAGAGAACUGGUGCAGGCCAGGCUGAAGGAGGCAGAGUCCCAGUGUGCUCUCAAAGAAAUGCAAGACAAGAUCCUGGAGGUGGAAAAGAGAAACACAUCGCUACCAGAUGACACCAAUGUUGUACGACUACAAGAAGAGCUGAUUGGGGCAAAGCUGAGAGAGGCGGAGGCUCUGACGGGCCUAAAAGAGCUGAGGCAGCAGGUCAGAGAUCUGGAGGACCACUGGCAGCGUCACUUGGCACGCACCGCUGGUCGCUGGAAGGACAGCCCCAGGAAGAACACGCUGGGCGAGCUGCAGGACGAGCUGAUGAGUGUGAGGCUGCGUGAGGCCGAGGCUCAGGCAGAACUGAGAGAAACACGGCAGAGGAUGCUGGAGCUGGAGACACAGAAUCAGAUUCACAGCAACCACCUGCGACGGGCGGAGCAGGAGAGCAAGAGUCUCCGGGAGCAUGUACAAACACUGACGGUGCAAAACAAAGAUUUGCAUGUGCAACUGCAGGAGAUCAAGCGGAGACAAGCUGAGAUUGAGUGCAAGAGUAAGGAAGAGGUGAUGGCAGUGAGGCUGAGAGAAGCUGACAACAUUGCUGCUAUGGCUGAACUCCAGCAACAUAUCUCAGAGCUCGAGAUUCAGAAAGAAGAAGGAAAGGUCCAAGGCCAGCUGAACCACACAGACUCAAGCCAGUACAUCCAUGACCUCAAAGACCAGAUAAAAGAGCUAAAACAUGAGAUUUGCUGCUUAAAAGGGCAGAGGGGCAUGGCCAAACAGGCCGCUUUUGAUGGGAUCCACAUCGUCAAUCACUACGUGGGGGAUUAUGAGUCUUACCACUCUUCAGAUGAAGAUGGAGUCAAGGACCCCACCCUCCAGGACACCCAGCAGAGGAGCGGCAGUGGUGGCCGUAUCAGACUGCGCCCCAACCUCGGAGACACGGACAGCGAGGAUGAGGACGAUGGGGAGGCCCUGCGGCUCACCGUACCUUCCAGCGGCAGCCACAAGUCCACCACCGUGUGGCCCAGAGAGUCUAGGCGCUCCUCCGUGUUUCCUCUCCCCACGUCCACCUCCACGAUUGAGCAAAGAGCUGAUAAAGCGUGGAGCCUAUCACUCCUCCUGAUGGCCCCGGGCUCCUCUGGAGACACGAGCCACUUUGUGACCACACGACGUGCUGGCUGUUACACCACACACAGGAUAUUCUUUGCAGUGUGGUGGGCUGGACUGACACCUGUCCAUGGCAACACCUGGCAGACGGCACUUGCAGCCGCAUCGCUCCAGCAGUUGAGAUCUAAUCUUUACGGGGUUCAGAUCGCGCAGCUCCUCUAUACACUCACUCAGACGGAUUAUUUCUCAUUGAUUUUUGUUGUGCACAGCUCAGAGAUGCCUCGCUCCUUUCUGGUGAAGAGUAAGAAAGCGCACAGUUACCACCAGCCCCGCAGUUUAGACGAUGAUUAUAACCGGCUGGACACUAUCCUUGCAAACAUAUGCUCAGACGCAGAUAAGCUCCCAGAGGAGGCGGACCUGUGUGUGGAUCUGUCUGUGGACAGGUGCGGGUUCUCUCCAGAUUCUCACCCGGUUGAUGAUGCUCAUUUCUCCCCCAAGUCUCCUCUGAGCUGCGCCGACAGUCUGUGCGCUCAAUCCCCGGACUACGAGGACUUCUGGAGGCCUCCGUCCCCCUCUGCAUCACCGGUUGAUUCGGAGAAAUCGCUGUCCCCUCUGGUGGAUGACAUCCAGCCCUACACCGUCCCCUUCCGGCCCUAUGAUUGGAGCAGCUACACAGGGCCCGGGCUGAAGUCCCUGGUGCAGCAGGCCCUCCAUCCGGGCGUGGAGGUGGACACUGGCCCGGCGGCUAUUGCCUUUUAUAGGGACAGAAACUCCCUGUACACAGAGCAGGCUCUGGGAGAGGAGACCUACAGCGAGUACAGGAGGCAAGCUGCUGCUGCUGCUGCUGCUCUGCUGUACCCUGAGAGAAGCCUGCAUGGAAAAAAACCAGAAGUGAAGGCCUCGUCUAACCUGCUGUGCUCCAGUCUGAUCCUGAAUGGUGCUUACAAGUGUGUGGAGUGCAGUAAGGUUUUCUCCACUCCGCAUGGUCUGGAAGUGCACGUCCGAAGGUCUCACAGUGGCACUCGGCCGUUUGCGUGUGAAAUCUGCGGCAAAACGUUCGGCCACGCAGUGAGCCUGGAGCAGCACAAAGCCGUACACUCGCAGGAAAGAAGUUUCGACUGCAAAAUAUGUGGUAAAAGUUUUAAGAGGUCGUCAACCCUGUCGACUCACCUCCUCAUCCACUCUGACACCCGGCCCUACCCGUGCCAGUACUGCGGCAAGAGGUUCCACCAGAAGUCAGACAUGAAGAAACACACGUUCAUUCACACAGGUGAGAAGCCGCAUAAGUGCCAGGUGUGCGGGAAAGCGUUCAGCCAGAGCUCCAACCUCAUCACGCACAGCAGGAAACACACCGGAUACAAACCUUUCGGCUGCGACAUGUGCGGGAAAGGCUUCCAGAGAAAAGUAGAUCUGCGGAGGCACAAAGAGACGCAGCACGGACUCAAAUGAAGGGCCGAGUGUCCCUUUCACGGACAAACCGCGCCUUUCACCGCACACAUCAUGUCAUAUAAUCUGAGUCCUUAUUUUUUUUAAAUAGAGAGACAGAGAGAGAGAGACAGAGAGACAUGAGACAUUUCGCUUGAGGACAUUUUUUUGGAUCCACUUUUAGCUUCAUAAAAACCUCAUAUAUGAAAGUGCAUUGGAUAUAUAGAGCUUUAUAAUUUAUUAUAGCCUAAUAAUGUAUUACCUACAGACUUGUUUGCAGUGUGGAGACCAUCAACACUACUUCUUCUACUAACUUUCUGCAGAUCGUUCCAAAGGUCCAACAAACCAGAGAUAAGCUGCGAACUGUCAGACACGCAGAUCAGACAGGUUGAAUUCAUUUCUCAUGUUUGUAUGUCGACUGAUAUGAAUCAUCUUUAGAAAGGAUUUCAAACCCAAAUAUUUGUACUUACACUUUAAAUAACCGGAUCGACAAUAAAAACACAAAGAAGCAGUGAUGGAAAUCUGCAUCUGUCCAAAGAACAGAGGAGCAUUUUGUUUUCAGUUCGGAGCUGCUGGCAAAACAGCCUGAGACUCACCAAGCUGGUAUCUCACACAUUUUACA